AUGAACAACACAACAGUAACAUACAUCAAUACAUUCCACUGGUCAGCGCUUCCAUACAAACUCAAUUUCUCUGGUCUGUGUUGCUCUUGUUGCUUUCUUAAAACAACAACAACAACAACAACAACAACAACAACGACAACAACAACAACUACCACCACCACUACUACUACUACUACUACUACUACUACUACUGCAUUUGAAACUUUAUAUUACGUGCAUACACCUUGUUUACUCGCACCCUCAACACCUGCUGCACACCUGGCCAGCCACACCUGUUCCCGGCCACCUUCUCUUUUCCUCGCGUCUCCAGCCACGCCACGCCACACCUCUGUCUUUUCUUCUUCAUCCUCAUUUCCUUCUUCUUCUUCUUCUUCUUCUUCUUCUUCUUCUUCUUCUUCUUCUUCUUCUUCUUCUACUACUACUGCUACAACUAUUACUACUACUACUACUACUACUACUACUACUACUACUACUACUACUACUACUAUUGCUAAUACUGUUACAUUAUAA